ACCGCGGUCCCUUUAAUUGUUAACGUAAGCGACGUGCUUUGUGCGUCAUCACGUCCCUUAGCAAAACAGCCAGAGGCCUUGGUCAAAUCGUUCGUUCACGGGAUGUUAUCGCCUCUUUCCUGCGCCGGAGUCACGUUUAGCAGGCAGGAAAAACCUGCUUUAAAUAUAGUGCAUGAAGAACCACAACCAGGAUGAUCUACAUCAUAAUGGGAGUCUCGGGUUGUGGAAAAAGCACCUUUGGGAUCUUCCUAUCUGAAAAGCUGGGUUGGCCCCUGUACGAAGGGGAUGACUUCCACCCACGGGAGAACAUCGAGAAGAUGUCUCGCGGUGAAGCGCUUACAGAUCAGGACAGAUUGCCGUGGCUUCUCAAACUACACGAAGUCAUUCAGAGAGAGAGGAGUUCAGGCUCUGAUGCUCUCCUGGUGUGCUCUGCACUGAAGCACCAGUACAGACGGAUCCUCCUCCAUGGCUCCAAAGCCCUCACUUCCCCUUCGGAGACAGACCAAGAAAUCUUCCCUCCGGCUUCUCCUGAUGUCUUUUUUCUUUUCCUUCGUGGUGACUAUGAAUUCAUUUACCAGAGGAUGGUGGCCCGGAGGGGUCACUAUAUGAAAGCCGACAUGCUGCGUUCCCAGUUUGAUACUUUAGAGGCUCCGUCUGAUGAGGAGAAUGUGUUGACACUGGACAUCCAGAGGGGCAUCGAUGAUAUGGCUGUGGAGGUUGAAAGGCACUUAAUCGACCACAGGUCAGGGCUACCAGCGUAGCCUUGACCACCACAACAGACCACAUGGGAUCCUUAGCAGCUGUAACAUUGAUAUUUCAGCAAAUAUUCAGGAUCCUGCAGGAUUACAUUUGAAUGACUUUGGUGAUUCCCUGUGUGGCUCUCCACAGCAACCAGGAAGUCACAGUUUCCACUUAUUUGAAAACAUCCAGCAUCUACUCGAUGGACUGGCACACGAGCUUGACAGUGGACAUCAGAUGUUUGGGUUUUUUUCCCUCUUUCCCUUGAAUAUCUUGAAAACAGUUGAGCAGUAGAUGAAUCCACAUGUUCGAUUAUUAUAUUGUCACAGAUGCACUUCCUGAUGUUCCCCUCCUAGUUACCCAGGCUUGGACAAAGACUGGAAAGUUGUGACUCCACAGGGCUGGUGUGGUGUCUCCUUCUGGGGUCCCUGUGGGCAUCUUUAGCAUGUAAGGUGAAUAAGUUAAAUACAACAUGGAGCCCAUUUUUAUAUAAACUUAAAUCUAUAUAAUUUUACAGAAAUAUAACAUCUCUGUAAAUUUUGUAAUAGAUUUUAAGGCCUCGGGAGUAAUAAAAAGUAUGAUUAAUGCCUUUAUUAGGACAAAAUUAAUAUUUUUAGAUACUUGAAAACUAAAUACCUACAAAGCUGUGAUAGAAAUGAUUAACAUGUCAACAUGACAGACUAAGAUGAUGAACAUCAGUGUAAUCACACUGUCAUGUGACAUUUUAGCACCAGCAGUUUGCCUAAGUAGAACAACACAGAGUGUGUGGCCUUUACUGUUGUUCUAGUCCCUUUUGAAUAGCUAAUUAAUGUCUGGUUUGUAGUGAGGAUGAGAAAUAAAUCACUGUUUCAGUCUUGAUGUAAAACCACAGAGUGUGGCAGGCUUGACGAGCUCAUUAGUUAUUUAGUGAAGAGUGGAAUACACAGUAUGUGUGAUUUUCUAGCUGGUUGCAAACAUUUAAAUAUUUAGGUGCCAUUCUAAUAAAUGCAUUGUGUGUAUGUGUGUAAGCUUUGAAACUGAACCGGUUUGUGCGUAUUUAAGGAUGGUAUCUUUUAAGAAUAUGCCAUGGUGAAGAUAAAAGGUUUUUACAGCCUGCUGUGAUUUCUGCCUGUGGGGGUGUGUCCUGCCUUAGGUACCGCCCUUCUGUACUGCUAAGACCAGAGUGCUUAAUUAAGGCCAGAUAGCACCAUCUUCCACUCCACACAAAUCUAAUUGUUUUUUGUUAAGUGACCAGCUUUUAGGUUUUUCUGUGUUUCUCUUCUUUUCAUAGUGAUAACAUGUGACGAAUCUCCUUUAGAGAAGCUCUUUAUUUGUCCUGAUGAUUGUCCUCAACAAACCCAAAGAUAGUCAGGUCACAUAAGCAUCUUUGUUUGUUUUAGAGCCCUAGAAAACUCUGCACAGUGUCUUCUCUGCUGAGAAUGUUUCUUUAUCAUUUUCAGGAUAACAAGUUUCUUCUGAGAUUGAAAUCUUCACACCAACAAAGUCGAAUCAUUAAAGAGAUUUAACCUGAA